UUCACUGUACUCCAGAGUAAUCCGAGCAGAGAUUUCCAUCACAUAAUGCUCAGCAGGAAAUAACCAUUAAACAAAACGGCCUUAUCACCCUCUUGCAGGUAGGCUCUUUAAUUAACUGCGCUGCGCCUCCACUCUUUCAGCCCCCCUCAAACUCGGGGGGUUUUAAGACCCAGCAGAGCUACAAUAGUGAACAUCUGUCGCCUCGGUCUCCACAGUAUGAAUUGCGCCUGGGCUCCGGUCUGAAGGCACACAGGCAGCGGCAGGCGGGCUGGCACAGCGCGGACGGACUGAAGUGGAUUCGGGAUGCGAACAGAUGCCGCUGUACCAUGAGAGGAAGUGGAGCCAGACGCACUGAGCCGCAGCGAUAAGACAGCGCGCCGCAAAAUGAAGACACCUAUGCGCCAUGGGAUAGCGGUGCUUCUCGUGCUCCUCCUGUGCGCCAGCUUGUUCCUCGUCUACAACGGCAGCUUCAACGGCGCUUCCAGGGACGCCAACGACACGCACGUCCGGCAGCAUGAACAGCAGCGGCGGCCCACUGAAGCCUCCGUCAGGGUGGCCAAGCCUCACCCCCCGGUCCUCCAGGGAUACAGCGGCAUCAUCGACCAUAAGCCUCUCAGGAUGCACUGCCAGACCUGCGCCCUGGUCACCAGCUCAGGUCACCUCAUUGGAGGCGCUCGGGGUGAAGAGAUCGACCGGGCCGAGUGCGUCAUUCGCAUGAACGAUGCCCCCACCUCCAGGGGAUACGCCCGCGACGUCGGCCGCCGCACCUCCCUGCGCGUCAUCGCUCACUCCAGCAUGCAGAGGGUCCUGAGGAGUCGCCACGAGCUGCUCAACGCCAGCCAGGACACGGUGUUCAUCUUCUGGGGCCCCAGCAACUACAUGAGGCGCGACGGGAAGGGCCUGGUGUACAACAACCUGAGACUGAUGAACCAGGUGCUGCCCAAACUCAAGGUCUACAUCAUCUCCUGGCAGAAGAUGCUGCAGUUCGACGAGCUCUUCAAGAAGGAGACGGGCAAGGACAGGAGGAUAUCAAACUCCUGGCUGAGCACCGGCUGGUUCACUAUGACCAUCGCCCUGGAGCUGUGCGAUAGGAUCAAUGUCUACGGCAUGGUGGCCCCGGACUUCUGCAGGGAGCCUCAGCACCACUCCGUCCCCUACCACUACUACGAGCCACGUGGGCCAGAUGAGUGCGCCAUGUACAUUUCUCACGAGCGAGGGCGGCGAGGCAGCCAUCACCGCUUCAUCACGGAGAAGCGGGUCUUCGCCAACUGGGCGCGGACUUUUGAUAUCCACUUCUACCAGCCAGACUGGAGCCCCCCGCCGCUCCCAGCCAAUCGGACGCUGGCGGGGACGCUCACAGCCGCGCCACCGGUGCCUCAGAAGACGUGACUGGUGUCGGAACGUGAAGAAAGAGAUUCAUCUCAGAAAGCCUGAGGAUGGGGAACGUUUCAAGUGAGGGCUGCUGCACCCUUAACAAAAAAAAAGGUUAAAGCACGAAGUAAGCAAGAAAACAGUUACCACAGAUGAAGACUUUGGUCUUGUUGAUCCUGCUGGACCUUUUUUUUUUAAUGAACAUUUCUCCAGUUCCAUCAGGGCAUUUUGUUACGUGUUCAUCUUGAAAACAGCGUCCGCUCUCAGUGCAUGCAUGCAGUGUCUUACUGUGAAUCCUCCUUGUUUUUGUGCAUACAUAUGUGUGUGUAUGUGUGAGUGUGUGUGCGAAUGCGAGUGUGUAUGCAUAUGUUUACCAGAGGGAUCACAGAAGACACAAACUUGAGUUUGGGCUUGUCACAAAGGCUCUGUUGGAUGAAGGAUCUACGCAGGAUUCACUGCUUAGAGUUCACUAGAAGAAAAAUACCAUUACAGUACUCGUAAAUCUAACAGUGUUGUUCUGGUCACAGUCUGUGCUGAAUACUAAUAUUACUGUAGCUUCAGUUAAAUAUGGCCAUUUGAAAGUAUGCAUUCUCACCGGUCAGAUUUCCUUCUGUGGCAUUCAGAGACUGAGGAGGUCAAGUUGAAUGAGGUUCCUUACAAAGGCUCUAACUCCUGCAGUGCAGGCAUUCACUACUGACUUUCAUUUGUACUGCCUUUCUCAUGUGUGCAUUGUAGACUCGCUAAAAGUGUCACCCAAGUCAAACUUUGCGAGGCAGCGCAGCCGCCUCCGCCGAGCGUGUAACAUUGACCUGGGGGUUUUAUCUCAUGCGUCUGCACCUGUACGUAUGUAUCAUAAGGCUUUGUCGGCUCCUGUCACCAGUUAAUAGCGCGAUUUAUAGCUACAAGCUGGAUUUCCAUGUAAAUGCACCAGCUGUGUCACACAAGACAAGCGGGAGAUUAAGAUCGAGUGCAGGGAUGCAGCAGCGGCAUCCAUUCCACAUUCAUCUGCUGCUGCUGCCUCCGUGAAAAGAAUCGCCUCGCAGGAGAAUUACACCAUUUUUUUGUUAAACUGAUGAGAAUGUGAUCUGUCACUCUGCCCCUCUCUCGCUGGUGGACUCUCCUCUCAUCUGAUGGAGUAUAUUCUACUUGUAGACUGCCCCUUCCUCUCUCUGAGAUCCUCUAUUUUCUCCUCUCCUCCAUGAAUGAGAAUCAGGUUGUCAGUCCGGGGAAAGUGAUGAGACGUGUGGUUAUCGUAAUGAUACAUCCCGGUGCUAAGUCCCUAUUGAUUUUGCCCUCAUCCCUGUAAUGUGAGUAAUGAGAAGAGAGAUGCAGUAGGUCAGAUACAUGGGUGCUCACACCACCAGAACGUGUUUCUCAUCAUGCCUCCUCAGCAGAGGUGAGACGAUUGCUUUUCACGGAUCACAAACAGAUGUGAAAGUGCUCCUGUACAGUAUGUUGCCUGAGUCCUGAUGCCCACUUUGGGCCGGAGCAAAGUCCAGCAUGUGUGUUUGUUUUCCAGAGAUGCUGACUCAUCUGCAAGUGUCUGUGCACAAAGACUUGUGUUAACGAAAUGACAAGCACUUCAGUAUUUUUGUUUGUCGCCUAAUUAACUGAAUCACAGUAUGUUGUUUUGGGUUGCAAGGUUACCAUGAUGAGUUGUUUUUUGUGUCAGAAAAUAGUGAAAAAUGCCAAUUGCAGCCUCCCAGAGCUCAAGGUGACAUUUUCAGAUUGAUUGUUGUAUAAAAACAGUUCAAAACCUGAAGGUAUUAAAUUUUCGGUGAUAUAAAACUGAGAAAACCUGAAAUAUCUUCACAUUUGACAAGGUGUAAUGUUGAAAUUUGAAAUGUAUGCUUCACAAAUAACUCGGAGGAAUAGUUUGACAUUUUGGGAAUUGUGAUUAUUUGCUUUCUUGAGUUAGAUGAAAGGAUUGAUAUAUCAUCUCUCAUGUCUAUAACUGUAAAAAAUACAGCCAGAGCCACCAGCCAGUUAGCUUAGCUUAGCAUGAAGUAAAAAAUAAUAAUGAUAAUAAUAAUAAUAACAAUAAUAAUAAUACAAUCAGUUUCACUAUUUCUUGAUUCCAGGAAGUUCCUGAUCCCAGGCAAGAAAUAUCCCAGCACAUAACCUCACAUUAAAAAGGCAGAAGUGUCAUUUUUACAUUUGAUUUUGUAUGUAUAAAACAAGAUCCAGUGGAUUACUUGGUGAGGUGAUGGUGAAAGCCUUUGCUCUAAGCUAAGCUAACCUGCUGCCAACACUUAUGUACUGAACAGACAUGACAGUGGUGUCAGUCUGAACAUCUAAAUCACAGGAAGAAAAUAAAACAAAUUAGAUCAAAUUAUUCCUUUUAAACGAUUAGUCAGUUGUUCUCAAUUAUUCCACUGAUCGAUUAACUGACUAAUCAUUUCAGCACUGAUGUUCUCAGUUUUCUUCUCUUUUUGCUAAGAACGGAAAUGUGUCAUUCCAGUAAAUAAAAUACGUUUUAUCAGUA